AUGUGCCUCUUCUGCCCCGAGCCGACAUUGCAGGAGGAGCCGGCCUAUGGCCGAAAUCCUGAAGGUGACAGCCAAGACAGCAGCGGGUGGAUUUGCAACCCCGGGUACGCUGGCGUUGCGCAGGUCUUCUGCGAGCUCCUGCCACCUGCCGGAGGAGCUCGCUGUGCAGUGGCAAGGCUGCGCAUGUCCGGAUGCAGCCGCCUGGAGCCCUGUGUGCCGCUGCGCGCUACCCUGGACUUUCAGGUGCGGCUGCCCGCGCCGCCGCCCGCCACGGGGUGGCGAGAACUCACCGCCGGGGAGGGCUUCGAGAUCGACGUGUCGCAGUGCAGCGCGCUGCAGCCCGGGGAGGCGUGCCUCGUGGGUUGCCGCAGGCCCUUUGUGGGUGACAUGGUGGUGGCAACCUGCCCACCCGGCAACACUGACCGCUUUCAGGCGCCGAUGCUGAGCUUGCCGCCCUUCUGCGAGCUGCGCUGCCCAGACCCUGAAACUUGGCCGCCGGGCUACCGCCUGAGCGACGCGGGCUGGCAGUGUCAGCCGGACUAUACCGGUGAGCCGCUGAAGUUUUGCAAUGCCACGCCCAGCUGCAACGAGACUGACUUCCCACAGCUGGAUGAGGAAGGGAACUGUGCCAACGCGGUUGAGCUGGACAUCAGCCUCAGCGGGUGCAAGAAGCGUCAGCCCUGUACAGCGCCGGACCUAUCCUCCUGCCGCCUGGAGAGCCCGGAAUGCCCGGCGCAGCUGGCGCCGGGGGCCAGCUGCGAAACCCGGUGCCGCUUCCCCUUCCAGGGCCUCCCCUCCGUGGCGCACUGCCCAGCGGACAACACGCUGAUGGACGGCCAAGGCUUGGAAUGGGAGCCGCCAGCUUGCAGCAUUCCGGAGUGCUACGACCCCGUACCUCCAGGCUAUCAGUUCGGCCUGAAUGGUUGGGAGUGUGCCGCUGGCUUUUACGGUGCUGCUGUGCGCUCCUGCGGUACAGAUACGAACUGCGAAAGCGAGAUAUCCCUUUCAGGCUGCUUGCAACUGCAGCCCUGUCGCCUGCCGAUGCGCGACAGGUGCCGCUACGACUUCACAGACUGCCUGGCGGCACUGGACGGCGCCAACUGCGAAGUAAAAUGUUUGGCUCCUUACCAGGGCCAGGCGGGCGUGGCGUUCUGCCCCGCGGGCAACGUGGAUCCCGAGCAAGAGCUGCAGGUUGUGGCCUGGCCCAACUGCGUGGCCACCUGCCCUGAGAGCCCUCCUGCGGGCUACGAGCGCACGGACCUGGGCUGGCGCUGUGCGUUGGGCUAUGACGGCAGCGCCCAGGCCACGUGCACCAUCUCCGAGCUGGACGGAAGCGUCUUGGCGAAUGUGUUCUUUUCAGGGCACCAAAUUUAUGAGUUCGUAUGA